AAAAGGAGAGAAGAAAGAGUGAGGGGAGAGAAAGAGGAGGGGCUGUGUUCUGCCGUCCUCUACCCCUUUUCCUCAGGAAACGCAUCCUGUUGCUGUUUGACUGCAGGAGCAGCGCGCUUGUCACAGAGAAAGGCAGAGGGAGGGAGGGAGGGAGAGAUAGAGAGACAGAGAGAGAGGGAGAGAGAGAGAGAGAGAGCAGAGCAGAGCUGUGCAGAGGGAAGGAAGGAGAGAGAGAGAGGGCGGGAGAGCAAGCGAGCAGAAGGACUAAACGCUCACACGCUCCCCCACUGUCUCAGCUUUCACCUUCAGACCUCUGGAUCUUGCUCCUCAACCUCUCGCUCUCCUCACGGGCAGACCCACUCCAGACUCUCAUCGGAUCUCAGCGCAAGACUCUUAUCUGGGACAGAGCAGACAAACUCUCCACCUCUCCACACAGCUCUAUGCAUGCCUGUGCAGCAGAGGGAAAGGCUCUAAGUCUCCACUGAGAACAGAACAGACUCCAGCGAGAGCAAGAGCACGGCAAAGACCAACGAGCUCCAAACACUGUUCCCCCGCUGAGAGAGGGAAGAGAAAAAAAGAAAGAAAAAAAAACACAGGAGGAAAAAAAAGAGAGACAAGGGGGAGAGUGGGAUCCCGCCUCCACUGUCAAGCAGCUGCAAAGUUGGAGGAGCAGAAGAGGAGAGUGAGGAGAAGAAGCAAAGGGAGAGAGGAGGGUAGGAAAGCACAGAGUGGGAGUUAGUGAAAAACAGCAAGAAAGACACCCACUGGGCUGAUAACCUAGAAGGAGUGCGAAGAACGCAAAAAAAAAACAGAGAUCCACCGAGAAACGAGGGUCAGAAGAAGAGGAACAUUGUCAUGGCCCAGGUCUUCAAGAGGCCCCCUCGAGUCCGUGCAUCCGAGGAAGAAGGAUAAAGACUCCUGGCGUCGAACAUAACCCCCCACCCCCCACCCCAGCGGACAAGAAUGAACGGAGAUGUUCUCUAGCUAACACCACUGGGUUGGAUCAUCCCAUCACCUGAACACCUCUGUGUGUGUGUGCGUGUGUGUGUGCACGGCCCUGGAAGAAAGCGAGAGGGGGGGGAAGAGAGUGUGAGUGUGUGUGUGUGUGAGGCGAGCGCCCCAGGAGACAGGGGGAGGGAGCGGAGGGCUGCAUGGCUGUGCAGCGGCUGGUGCUGGCUGCGGUGGCGGUGGCCCUGCUCUCGCUGGUGCUCAACAACACGGCGGCUUGGAGCCCCAGCUGGGUGCUGCAGACGCUGGACAGCGGACGGCGCCGCAGCGUGGGCCUCUGGAGGAUGUGCUCGCUGGAGGGGGGCCGGCUGGACGAGGCCAGUGCCGGGGGCUCCGAGGCGGGCACCCGCGGACUCUGCCUGGGACUCAGCUGGGGCUCGGAUUAUGCCGGGUACCAGGAGUCACGCAGCACAGUGAAACUGCAGUUUGACAUGAUGCGUGCCUGCAAUCUCCUGGCAACCGUUGCCCUGACAGCGGGUCAGCUGAUCUACCUGCUGGGGCUGCUGGAGCUGAAGUUCAUUACUCAGGAUUCCCAGUGGUGGGAGGAGGCCAUCGCAGCCCUGUUCCAGCUAGCCAGUUUUGUGCUGGUGAUUGGCCUGGUGACGUUCUAUCGCAUUGGUCCGUACACGCAGCUGUCGUACUCGUGCUACAUAAACAUCGCUGCCUGCUUGCUGGCCACCCUGGCCGCUGCCGUGCUCAUAUGGGACAUUCUGCAUCGCCGUGACGACUGCCUGAGCCCGCGGGUCAUCGUCAUCAGCCGCUCCCUGGCCACCAACUUCAGGCCGCGCCUCGACAAUGAUUAUGUGGAGUCGCCGUGCUGAGGCAAACACACACAAACAAACAAACAAACAAACAAACAAACACAGACACGCGCACACAGACUAUGGAACGGACUACUGAACUUUCUACAAAGCUUCCAGAAUUCUGACACGGAGUGAACAGGAAGAGCUGGGAUGAAAAGAGAACAAUAAUCACCAUUGCGUGCACACACACACACACACACACACACACACACACACACUCACACACACACACAAAUCCACUCCUGGACUGAAAUGGGUUAGGACCUCAAUGGACACUGAAGGGGUGGUAGAAUAUCAAGCUGGAUCUUGACAUAUUUCAUUCUCUGGGCACUUAUAAAAGAAUAGCCAAUAUAUGUUAUAUAUCUAAUUGUACACAUGUUUAUACCUGUGGAUAUGAUACGAUUGAGUUAGAUAUAUAUAAAAAGUCAGAAGGAGCUAGCUAUUCCACACAUGUAUUACUCAAGGCACAUAUUCCCUGUUGUGGAUUCUUUGGUACCUAAUGCUGAUUCUUUAUCUUUUAGACACUUAGCGACAGGAAAGGCGUGCAUUCUCACCAAGAUGGCAAAUGAUGAUGAAACAAGUAGAGAUAGUUUUAUAAAUGUCCACCCAUCGCAAUGGCCUAUGCCCCCUUGAGAAACAUCCCACUUAUUUGCACUUCAAACAUUCCCAUGUCGAUUGACACAACGCCCCUAAAUCAGUAUUCGGGGUACACAUGGACUAAGUGGGCUCACAGCUGUAUCACAAAUGGUAUGUAGGUUCAGCAUAUUAAAAGUUGAAUGAGCUAAAAGAUCUAGGGGUCAGUAUUUACUUUGACAUAGCAGAAUGGGAGAUGGAGGCUUUAAAGUUGUAAUAUUAAAUUCAAAGGGUUACAUUAUAGCUGGUUCAUUAUUGUGCAUAUUGUCGCAGUAUUUUACAGGUAUUGCUAUGCAGUUCCUAAGACAGCACUGUAAUCCAAUGAAAUCCAUUAAUGAAUUGCAGUUAAACGUUUAAUUUUAUGCCGAGUCAACAAGUCUCACAACCAACUAAGCAAGACAGCCAGAUGACAUGAUCUGAAUGGAGAUCGUUUUCCAAAAAAAAAACAAGCAAAUCAAAUAAUUCUACCUCCAAAUUGAUCUAAAGAUGAAUUGCUACACAUUAAUUGCUCAUACUACACUCGGACCAAAGGAUACAUACAUAAGGACUAGGGGUGAAAGAGCUGGACGUAUACAAGGUUCACAAUGAAGACUGAGUGCUCUGCUUGUGUGCACAUAUAGGAGGUGGGUUUCCACAAGAAAGCUUUCCAAAUCACUUUAUGGCAGAUCCCAUCUUUGUUGAAUGUCUGCUCGCUUGAGGUACAUGUACUUGACUUAAUUUAAUAUAGUUCUGUUAAAUACAAAAAGUAUUCCAAUGAUAUCCAACAGCGUCCUAACAUCUUAUGGACUUUCCAAGGAGGGAAGGGAAACAAUUCUGGAGGUAAAUACAAUAAAACAUAAGAAGACUGA